AUGUCGGAAUCCGUAUCCUCAGAGUACUACGAGACCGUGGAGAUCCAUGAUCGUCUCUUCCAGAGAUACUCAAUCGAGCACAACAUCUACUGCGUACCGGUGGACGAGGAGGAGGAGGACAGACUCGAAACCCAGCAUCGCAUUCUGCACCAGCUGUUCGAUCAAAGGCUCUUCUUUCCGCCAAUUUCGUAUCCCUUGCAGGUCUUGGACUGCGGAUAUGGACGCGGCUCCUGGGCGCUAGCGAUGGCACAAACUUAUUACCAAAGCAAACAUGCUGCUAGAGAACCACGCGCUGACCUCUUCGUCCGAAAGGUGACUGCCGUAGAUAUUUUCCCAGCCGACGUCGAUGACCAGCCUGAGAACUUGGACUUCGAAGUAUGGGAUCUCAACCAGACACUGACACCUACCUACAACCCCAAUCACUACGAUCUCAUCCAUUCCCGCUUUGUCGCGCCAGGCAUAAAGAGAGACAGAUGGCCCAGUUACGUCCGGGACCUUGCCAGACUACUCAAGCGUAACGGCUGGGUCCAGUUGGUCGAGUAUUACUACAUCAUCCAAAGCGAUAGCGGACUCUUGACGGAUAACCAUGCGCUGCAGCAGUGGGGCAACGCAUAUCGACAAUGCAUGGAGGGUGAGAGAGACCCGCGAAUCGGAAGGAGACUACCGGAGCUGCUGAGGAAUGCUGGUCUAGUUGAUGUGCAGGAACAGUCGUUCCGGAUGCCAAUAGGAGGUUGGCCAACCGACGCACGGCAGAGAGGUAUAGGGGUCCAGAAUCAGCAGAACAUUGGCGCAAUGCUUGAGUCUCAUGCGCUGUAUCCGUUUACAAGACGGUUCGGCUGGACGAAGGACCAGGUGGCCAGCUUAGCGCAGCGUGCUCAACAGGAGACGAACGACCCACGGCUGAGGUUGUACAUACCGCUUGUGGUCGCAUGGGGGAGGAAACGGUAG